GUGAGUCCUGAUGCAGCUGCUGCUUGUGGCCACCAGAUGGCGCAGUGGUGCCAGCUGCAGAUGCUGGACAGUAAGUACCUGGAGCAGGUGGACCAGCUGUACGAUGACUCCUUCCCCAUGGACAUCCGGCAGUACCUGAGCAGGUGGAUCGAGAGCAUCGACUGGGAUACGGUGGCGGUGCAGGACUCGCUGGCCACCAUCCGCUUCCACGACCUGCUGGCGCAGCUGGACGACCAGCACAGCCGCUUCGCUCUGGAGAGCAACUUCCUGCAGCAGCACAACUUCCGCAAGAUCAAGAGGAACCUGCAGGAUCGCUUCCAGGAGGACCCCGUUACCAUGGCGAUGAUCAUCUCCAGGAACCUGAAGGAGGAGCAGAAGAUCUUGGUCUGUGCGAAGGAAGCCGAGCAGGAAGGAGAAGGAGCCGUGUCGGCCAUGGUGGUGGAGAAGCAGAAGCUGGACAACAAAGUGAAGGAGCUGAAAGACAAAGUUCAGUUCAUGGAUCAGAUGCUGAAGAACCUGGAGGACCUGCAGGACGAGUACGACUUCAAGAUGAACACGCUGAAGAACCAGAACGAGCUGAACGGCAUGUCGGCGAAGGAGCUGGAGAAGGAGAAGUUCAACACGACCAGGAUGUGCAUCGAGCUGAAGCAGAAACGCCACGAGGUGGUGUCCUUCCUGAGCGAGCUGCUCAACCUCACCCAGAGUUUAAUCCAAGACCUGAUCAACGAGGAGCUGCCGGAGUGGAAGCAGCGGCAGCAGAUCGCCUGCAUCGGCGGCCCGCCCAACGCCUGCGUGGACCAGCUGCAGAACUGGUUCACCGCCGUCGCCGAGUCGCUGCAGCAGGUCCGGCAGCACCUGAACAAGAUGCUGGAGCUGGAGCAGAAGUUCACGUACGAAAACGACCCGAUCUCCCAGAAGAAGAGCCACCUGGAGAACCGCGCUCUGGACCUGCUGAAGAACCUGCUGUCCAGCUCUCUGGUGGUGGAGCGGCAGCCCUGCAUGCCCACACACCCACAGAGACCGCUGGUGCUGAAGACGGGCGUCCAGUUCACCGUGAAGCUCCGGUUCCUGGUGAAGCUUCAUGAGUUCAACUACCAGCUCAAAGUCAAAGCCGUGUUCGAUAAGGACGUCACAGAGAAGAAAGGGUUCCGUAAGUUCAACAUCCUGGGAACGAACACCAAGGUGAUGAACAUGGAGGAGUCCAACGGCAGCCUGGCGGCCGAGUUCAGGCAUCUGCAACUGAAGGAGCAGAAACUGGCCGGAAACAGAACCAACGAGGGUCCGCUGAUCGUCACCGAGGAGCUUCACUCGCUCAGCUUCGAGUCGGAGCUGCACCUGAACCAGUCCGGUUCUCCAGGACUCCACAUCAAGGUGGAGGCCAUGGCUCUGCCCCUCGUCGUCAUCUCCAACGUCUGCCAGCUGCCCAGCGGCUGGGCCUCCAUCCUCUGGUACAACAUGCUGACCACAGAACCCAGAAACCUCAAGUUCUUCCUGUCGCCGCCGUCCGCCAAGUGGUCCCAGCUGUCCGAGGUGCUGAGCUGGCAGUUCUCCUCCGUCACCAAGAGAGGCCUGAACCAGGAGCAGCUCAACAUGCUGGCCGACAAGCUGCUGGGAGCAAAAGCUCAGAGGAAUCCAGACGGGACGAUUCCCUGGACCAAGUUCUGCAAGCAGAGCGCCAAUGAGAAAUCGUUCCCCUUCUGGCUGUGGAUCGAAGGAAUCCUGGACCUGAUCAAGAGACACCUGCUGUCGCUGUGGAACGACGGCUGCAUCAUGGGCUUCAUCAGCAAGGAGAGGGAGAAGGCGCUGCUGAGUAACAAAUGUCCCGGGACGUUCCUGCUGAGGUUCAGCGAGAGCAGCAAGGAGGGCGCCAUCACCUUCACCUGGAUCGAGCACGACGUCCACGAUAAGCCCGUCUAUCACUCGGUGGAGCCGUACACCAAGAAGGAGCUGUCGGCCGUGUCGCUGCCCGACAUCAUCCGCACCUACAAGGUGAUGGCCGUGGAGAACAUCCCGGAGAACCCGCUGCGCUUCCUCUACCCCGACGUCCCCAAGGACAAGGCCUUCGGGAAGUACUACCCCAAACCCUCAGAGACUCCAGAGCCGAUGGACACGGACGUCCAGGAGGUCCGCGGCUACAUGAAGACGGAGCUCAUCUCCGUCUCUGAAGUACACCCGUCCAGACUGCAGGACAACAUGAUGCCCAUGUCUCCUGACGACUACAAGGUGCUGGAGCGAAUUGUAAGUCCCAGAGACAUUGAUGCUGUGAUGGACCUGCAGGACUUUGUCCCUCAGGUAAAGUGUUGCUGCAUGUUGGUUGUAGCUCCUGUAGUCCUGCAUGGUCGACCCAAACACUUUGAGCUUCGUCCUCUUCUUGGCAACUGAACCACAGAUUGAGCAACCUUUGGUUUGAACGGUUAAUCCGUCAAUAAAUCCACUGGAUUGGUUAGCAGCUGACCAAUCAGAGGACAGUAAACACUCCUUACCUGGAGGACCUGAACUGCUUUACCUGCCAUAAAUUUAUCAGUUUAUUGGUGAAAUUUGGUGGAAAAUAAUUAGAAAAUAUUGAAAUGUUCAGAUGGGAACAGGAACCAAAUGUUGCACUGAAGUUAGAGUAGAAAUACUUCAACAUAUUUUACUCAAGAGUGAAAAAGUAUUUGUUAAAAGGCGACUCAAGAAUCUGAUGAAAUCAUUUAAUAUUUGAAAAUUACAUCAUCAGAAGGACCAAAAUAUAAAGUUAAAUGUAAAUUGUGGUAUUUUAAACAUCUAAUUGGUUGUAGAUCUAAUUCUGGUUAAUGAAAUUAUUGGCAGCUCAUCAAUUAUUCCAGUCGUCCCGUCAGCGGCAGCUAACAGCGUUAGCCAAAGUUAAACUUUAAAGUUUAUUAUUUAUAACAAGGUUUUAUUUUUUCAAGUACGACAGAGUGUUAGGGCCACACUUAGAAAAAAAUACAAAUUAAAAAAAUAUAAAUGAGAAUAAAGGUAACCUAUUUUAUGACUUUUUCAUAACAAAUCUGAGAAAUAAUCCUACGACUUUAUUCUAGUUUUAUUUUGAAUUUAUUGUAAUUUUAUUUUUAUUUUCAUAACGUGGAUCUAAUAAUCCGUCGUAUUACAGAUGUAAUAAAUCUGAGAACUUCAGAUAAAGAUGCAUUUUAAUUUUCCUGAAAUGAAGCAGAACUUGCAGCUCUGGCGCCUCCUGGUGGCUCAGAGGUUUUAGUUUGGGAACUUUGAACACGAACGGUCCUGAACUGAACUGGUUCCGUUUCAGAUGAA